AUGGCGGUCGUAAGCCACACCGGGGAGAUUCCAGCACUCCCAGAGCACCGGACUUUGUGCCGUCGGCUGGUCCAGGGUGGUCGAGGCGGCGAUUCUCUCCAACUGCCACGUCGGGCGAAGAAGCGGAAAACACAGCAGGCGAGGGUCCAGGGAGAAAAGAAGAUGAAAACGCACGAAGACGAAGAGCAGGAGGCGCCGUUUCCUAACGGCCCCCUCCAUGGGGUAGAGACAACAUGCGCGGAAACUACGACGCGAACAAGGACCACUUCUCUCUCUGCCUUCACGGCUGCACUAUUCCACGCAGUUGAGGGGCUUGAUUCAGGUUCCCCCAAAGACUUCGUCCGUUCGCUGCUGAUCCCAUCCACGCAACAGGCAGCGGCAAGCAGAGUCCCUCCCGUCGCCGUCGUCUGCGAUGCAACUGGAGGACAAGGCGCCGCCGCCCUUUGUUUUCUUGAAUGCCAAGAAAAUCGGAAUCUGACGACACCAGCCUGCGUACCCCGAGUGCAGUCUCGUUCUCACUCGACCACUCAGGUAUUUCCCCGACUUCGUCUCCUUGACGUGUCUUCUGCUCUCCUCUCGACGUGGUGUAUUCUGGCGAAGGGCUGUGAGAAGGCUUUCCCGGACACUGCGCAUCCUGAAGAGUUUCUUCUUUCGGAUUCGCCACAAUUGAUGUUCCAGCAUCCCCUUCUUGGUGUGGCAUCUUGUGGUUUCCCGCUCCUUCUUGCACCUCCUUCUCCACCUUGGGCUCAAUGGAGGCAUCGUCUUGCUUCAAGGUUAGAGGCAGGCUCCGUGCUGAUGACGCCGGUUCGGAUCCUUCUUCUUGGAAGGUGCACUUUCCUUUGUCACGCGAUGAUGCACACUCAGCAUCCUCCAAAUAGGCUGCGCGAUCUGAGCCGUGCAAGGAAAUUUCACUUUCGUCUUUGUUUUCUUCAUCCGAGGUUUUGA